UAUAUGGUUGUUAAUGGGCCUCUUUGCCUUGAAAGGAAUCUUAGAAUAUGUGCCAACUACUUAUCCUAAGCUAUCUGUUCUACCUCAUGUUUACUCAGAGUACUUUUACCAGAUCUGAAGAAGAUCCCUGUGUAGCUCGAAAGUUUGUCUCUCCUCAACAGAAGUUGGUCCAAUAUAAGGUUCUGCUGUCUUUCAUUGUUUGCAGAAGGAAUUUAUCCAUCUUUGGAAGUCUACCAGACAGGGAAAGAUGUGGGGAAACCCUCGGCCAGCCAACAGAAUGGGCCCUUUCCGUGGGAGCCAAGAAGAAAGGUUUACUCCCGGGUGGAACAGGGAAUACCCUCCUUCCCUUGAUAGUCUUGCUCAAGAAAGACACUCUGGCAACUUCUCUGGCAGAGAAUCACUUCCUUUUGAUAUCCAGGCACUCUCAGGCCUUCUCAACCCUCAGUUUGCCAACAGAGAGGAAGCUUCUUUCACCUAUGGAGCUAGAGAUGGACCACGGAGUGAUUUCAGAGGUGGGGAGGGUCAUCAUGAUUUCAGGGGUAGGGACUUCCCACCUUCUGACUUUCAGAACAGAGACGAUUCACAGUUGGACUUCAGGGCCCGGGAACCACCCUCUUCAGAAUUUAGGGGCCGGGAACCUCCCUCUUCUGAGUUUAGGGGCAGGGAGAUGUACUCUGGAGAUUUCCAAGAUAGAGAAGGGCCGUCUAUGGACUUCAGGGCGGGGGAUGUUCCUUCUAUGGAUUAUAGAAAUAGGGAGGCAAGCCGUAUGAGUUACAGGGACAGGGAAGCGCAUACCAUGGACUAUAGGGGCAGAGAGGACCUUCCAUCAGACUACAGGAGCAGGGGUUCAUUUGAUCUGGACUUUAGAGGUAGAGAUGGAGCCCAUUCAGACUUUAGGUCAAGGGACAUGCCUGAGUUACACUAUCGGGGCAGAGAGCAUUCCUAUUCAGACUUUAGAAACAGAGAUGUACCUGACGUGGACUUAAGGGGGAUGAGUACCUCUGAUCUGGACUUUAGGGACAGGGAGACACCAUCUUCAGAUUUCAGAAAUAGGCACAAGUCCCGAUCUGAUCAGGAUUUUAGGGGCAGAGACAUGGCUCCUCCUAUGGACUUUACUGACAGGGAGAUGCCCCCUGUGGAUCAGAAUCUUGUAGAUUUUAGGCACAGUCAGUCUACUAUACCUUUAACAGACAGAGAGCAAUCUGCCUUAAGCACAAAUAAGAGAGAAGAGUCUACACGUGAUGUUAUUCUAGACAGAUCUCCCUUUGGCAUCCAGAAAGGAGAGUUUCAACAUUCAGAGCCGAGAACCAGAGAAGAAGAGUCCCUUGAGUCUUCACUAGAUUUCCAGAGUAGCCAUGGGUCUCUUCAAGAUCGAGAUGAGCCACCGCCAACCUUUGCGAAUGAGCAGCAGCUUUCUGGUACUGAACAUCAAAGAUCAGAUUCUAGUCUUGUGCUAAAGGGCGAAGGUGGUUUGGAUUUCCUUGGAAGACAAGAUACUGAUUACAGAAACAUUGAGUACAGAGAUGUAGAUCACCGGCUGCCAGGAAGUCAGCUGUUUGAUUAUGAGCACGGCAAGUCCUUUACAGAAGGAAAACCCAGCAAAGAUUCUAGGCAGGAUCUUCAGGACCAAGAUUACAGGACCUGCCCCAAAGAAGUGAAACCAAGCAAGCUCAUUCGGCUGGGAGGAGUGCCUGAAACUGCCACAAAGGAUGACAUUCUCAAUGCUUUCCGAGCGCCUGAUGGGACACCUGUGAAAGACUUGCGCCUAAAAGAUUAUAGUUCAGGUUACGACUAUGGCUAUGUCUGCGUGGAGUUUUCACUCUUGGAAGAGGCCAUCGGAUGCAUGGAAGCCAAUCAGGGAACCCUUGUGAUUGGUGGUAAAGAAGUGACCCUUGAGUACACGCCAUGCCCAGAAUUUUGGCGCUGCAAACGCUGUAAAGUGUGUACUGUGGGAUACAGAUCUUCCUGCUCCUAUUGCAAGCUCCCAAGAGAUGGGAACAGACCAGGGACAGAGCCCAAAAGUGGUUUCGAGGGAGAGGACGUGCACGCCGAGCAGGACUUCAUAUUGGAAGACAAGCUUGAAAAACCUGAGCAAGAGCUAUCAGGACACCUUAAGCCUCAGAAACAGGCUCCCCAACACGCAGCUCCUCCACAGCAGAGCCAGCCCCAGGAACCCGAGCCUCGGAAGAGAGAGGAAGGCAGAGAUCGAUGGCCUUCGCAGGAGAAAAGGUACCCUCCCUGGAAGGAGAGCCAGGAGCCUGCUGCCAGGAGGGAAACCGAACAGACUGCACCUCAGGAGGGUGAAAGUAAAACGAUUAUGUUGAAGCGUAUUCCUCGUUUCACCCCUCCGGAAGUGAUUGUGGGGCUGCUGGCACCGUUUGUUCGUCUCUCCACCUCCAGCGUGAGCAUCAUUAAGAAAAGGGCUAGCCAGAGGAGUGACAACUAUGGCUUUGUGGAACUGGAUUCGCACGCUGAAGCAGUGCAGUUGGUGAAGGUUUUGCAGAACCUGGAUCCCCCAAUCUGCAUUGAUGGGCACACCGUGAUUGUGAAUCUAGCCACAGGAAAGAGAAGAAAUGACUACGGGGAGCAGGCCAACAAACUCUACUACAACCCGGGCAAAAGGGGCAUGCGGGACAGGAGAGGUGCCGAAUCUCAGAGACACAGCCGAGCGCAGUCUCCGUCAGAUGUGUCCACUUUCAUCUAUGAUCCUGACACUGGGAACUACUAUGACCCUAUAGCUGGGUUAUACUAUGACCCCAAGACACAGAAACAAGUCACAGUGGGCCGAGAAGCAGCAUCAGCCCCUACGAAUGGCCGGGGAAAGAGGCAUGGGAGCCAUGAAAGGACAAGUGAAAGGAGGGAGCCAUCCGGCAGGGACAGAAAGGAGAGAGGCAGAAGUACUUCAGCAAAGAAUGAAUUUGUAGAGGAGAAGCCCCCUGUGGAAGACGUCUUUAAAAAACCAUUGCCUCCCUCAGCAAAGAAGGAAGAGAGCUCAGCCCCGCCCAAGGUGGUGAACCCUCUGAUAGGGCUCCUAGGCGAGUACGGAGGAGACAGCGACAACGAGGAGGAGGAGGAAGAGGAAGUGCAGUUGCAGCGGCCACAGCCUCCCCAUCCACCAGCGCAGCGGAAGGAGCAGCCAAGAAAGGCUGACCGUGACGAGGACAAGCUAACUGACUGGAAUAAGCUGGCCUGUUUACUGUGCAGGAGGCAGUUCCCCAAUAAGGAAGUUCUGAUCAAGCAUCAGCAACUCUCCAACUUGCACAAGCAAAAUCUGGAGAUCCACAGGAAGAUCAAACGAUCCGAGCAAGAGCUGGCAUAUCUGGAGAGGAGAGAGCAAGAGGGGAAGAUUAAAGACAAGGGAAAUGACCGGAGAGAGAGAUUCCAGCGCCUGGACUCACCAGAGAGAAAACGACUGAAGGAGGCCUGGGACUCUGAGAGUGACCAUCACCCUGCGAGUAAAGCAAGAAUCGAUAGUAAUAACAAAGGAAGCCGCAUGUUGCAGGCUAUGAGCUGGAAGGAAGGCUCAGGAGUGGGACGCCAGCAGCAGGGCAUGAUGUCGCCAGUAGAGGCAGAAGGUCAGAAGAAGGGAGCUGGCUUAGUAACCCAAGGGAAGCCCAACAAAAGGCAGUCCAAUGAAACGUACCGGGACGCUGUCAGGAGAGUUAUGUUUGCCCGCUAUAAGGAACUUGAGUGAAUGAAGUGGAAUUCCACAAAACCCAUCUCUCUCUCUCUCUCUCUCUCUCUCUCUGUGUCACAGUCUCUCUCUCCAUUUUCAAAUUGUUACUGGUUUUGCUGCUAGAAUUUUUUUUAAAUAAAAUGGAAAAUUUGUCA